AUGAAGUCCACUAUCGCCUCCCUUCUUGGAUCCGCAGCCCUGGUGGCUGCUCACGGUUUCGUCGACAAUGGUCUGAUCGGCGGUGAGAACUACACCUUCUACCAGCCCUACCAAGACCCUUACUCCAGCCCUGCCCCCGAGCGCAUCUCCCGUCCCAUCCAGGGCAACGGCCCCGUUGAGGACGUCACCAGCAUCGACAUCCAGUGCGGUGGCUACACCGCCGGCGGCAUCGAGGGCUCCACGCCCGCCAAGCUCGUCGCCAAGGCCGCCGCCGGCGAGGAGGUCACCCUCAACUGGACCCUCUGGCCCGAGUCCCACGUCGGCCCGACCAUCACCUACAUGGCCAAGUGCCCCAGCGACGACUGCACCUCGUGGCAGCCGGGCACCGAGGCCGUCUGGUUCAAGGUCCAGGAGGAGGGCCGUGAGGGCACCUCCAACACCUGGGGUGCCACCUCCCUCAUGAAGGCCGGCAACUCCGGUGUCAAGUACACCAUCCCCGAGUGCAUUGCCCCCGGCCAGUACCUCGUCCGCCACGAGAUCAUUGCCCUCCACGCCGCCUACGCCUACCCCGGCGCCCAGUUCUACCCCGGCUGCCAUCAGCUCGAGGUUACCGGCUCCGGCAGCACCAGCCCCUCCGACCUGGUUGCCUUCCCCGGUGCCUACAAGCCCGCCGACGCCGGCAUCACCUACGACCCCUACAAGGCCUCCGAGUACACCAUCCCCGGCCCUGCCCUCUUCUCCUGCUCUGGCUCCGGCUCCGGCUCCGGCUCUGCCCCCGCGCCCUCUGCUGCUCCCUCUGCUGCCCCUGCCUCCACCGCUGCCCCUGCUGCCACCUCUGCUCCCGCCAGCUCCGUCGUCUCUGCCGCUACCCCCAGCCAGACUGCCGUCGCUGAGGACGAUGAGGAGGAGGACUGCCCUGCCGAAGCCCCCUCCGCCACCGUCUCUGCCGCCGCCACCGUCCCUACUCUGAGCGCCGAGGAGGACGAUGAGUACGACUGCCCCGCCGAGUCUGAGGCCCCCGCUGCCACCACCACCGCUGCCCCCGUUGCUACCCCUACCCAGGCUGCCGACGAGGAGGAGGACGACUGCCCUGCUGAGUCUGAGGCCCCGGUCGCCACUCCCGUCCCUACCCAGACCGCCGAGGAUGAGGAGGAUGACUGCCCUGCCGAGUCCGAGGCUCCCGUCGCCACCCCUACCCCCACCCAGGCCGCUGACGAGGAGGAGGAUGACUGCCCCGCCGAGACCCCCUCUGCCACCGCCGUUGCCAAGCGCAUGGCCCUCCACGAGCGCCGCCUCGCAUAA